GAAGCCUCGAGGGUAGUGGUGGCACUGGUUUAGGGGACCUGGGGGUCAGCAAGGGAGCACGGGGUGACAGAGACUGAUUGCCAAGACCCUUAUUCUCUCACAGCUAAAACAUGGGGAGAUGGAUGGCUGAGGGGUAGCGGAAAUGGCAGUAACAGUGGCGUCUAGUGAGCACCAGAGAAGAGGGGUCUGGUUUAUUCUCUGCUGGGUCUCCGGGCACUCAGUAAACACCUACUGUUGUUGUAGAGCAUCUGCCUCCCCUGAACAACCCCACCAAAAUGGCUGCUUUUGGACACACAUUCCCCUCCUACGCUGGCCCCAAGUCGAACUUCCCAAUGGUCACCACCUUGGCCGUCAUCAUCGCCAUCUUUCUGACUUCACUGGUCACCUUCAUCAUCAUCCUGCCAGGCAUUCGGGGCAAAAUGAGGCUGUUCUGGAUCCUGCGAGUGGUGACCAGCUUAUUCAUUGGAGCUGUGAUCCUGGCUGUGAAUUUCAGCUCUGGGUGGUCUGUGGGCCAGGUCAGCACCAACACAUCAAACAAGGCCUUCAGUUCCGAAUGCAUCAGCACCGCUGUUGGGCUGCAGAUUGGGCUGGGAGGAGUCAACAUCACGCUCACAGGGACCCCAGUGCAGCAGCUGAACGAGACGGGCGAUUACAACAAGGAGUUCACCUGGCGCCUGGGGAAGAACCACGCCGAGGAGUAUGCAAAGGCACUGGAGAAGGGGCUGCCAGACCCCGUGCUCUACCUGGCCGAGAAGUUCACCCUACACGGCCCACGUGGCCUGCAUGGCCAGUACCGCCUGGCGGGACACUACACCUCGGGCACACUGUGGGUGGCAUUCCUCUGCUGGCUGCUGGCCGAUGUGAUGCUCUCCAUGCCUGUGCUGGUCUACGGUGGCCACAUGCUGCUGGCCACGGGUGUCUUCCAGCUGUUGGGACUGCUCUUCUUCUCCACAGCCAUGCCACUCACCCCGCCCUGCCCCCUACGCCUCGGCACUGCCACACUGCCCACUCACCGUGGGCCUGCCUUCUGGAUCACAUUGACCACAGGACUGCUCUGUGUGCUGCUGGGCCUGGCCAUGGUGGUGGCCCACAGGCUGCAGGCUUUCUUCAGCCAGACUGUGGGAGAGGACCCUGUCCUGGAGUGGGAUCCUGAGAAAGGGGGACUCCUGAGCCCUCGCUACGGGUCCACAGCUGGGAGUCCCGAGCCCCAGGACAUUCCUCGGUCAGAGGCUUCCUCUGAGGUGCCCUGUGAGGAGUCUGACUGUGCCCUGGAAAGUUCAUCUCCCUGGUGGCCACCCGGACUUCCAAUCUGGCUCCAGACUUCACUGGGAACCCCCCAAAACCCCACCAGAACUGCCUGCAGGAUGGGUUGUAUCAGGUUCCCAGCCCCAAUGUGUAGGUGGAGUAGGAAAAGAGGCUCUACCUAUUGAUGCUAAAACAUGAAACAAAACAAAAAGCCCUAAGGCAGAUGUUGGGGCUGCCAUAAACCCUGCUGCCAUGCUAAGUGCAAAUUCUGGAAUACUGAACAUCCGAAGUAUUGAGGACAUAGCUCCAAGGUGAAGCUUUUCCAUCAGUGGAAUAAGCCAAAUAAGUGAGGUUUGGUGGAGAAGAGUAAUAAGAGCAUGAUUCUUUGGGGUCCCUUGGAGUUACAGAGCCAAGGCUGUUUAUGGCCAGAGUGGUCAAACCCAACAAAAUGAGUGAAGGAAUGAGCAUGAAACUCUGGCAGCCUCCUGGGCCUAGUGGUGAUUCCACGGAAAAACCUUCUUUGGGGAACUCAUAUCAGCUACACGAGAAGUGUUCUUUCCUGUUGCCCUUCCCUCUUGCUCACCAUCCCAGUGAUGAGACCAAGCAGGGGCUGCCCUGCCUUCUGCCCAGCAACCCUGCCCUCCCUUGGGGCUUUGCCUCUUCGAGGUGCCAUUUACUGAAACCCAGCUCCACCCACAUGAUGACACACGUGUACGGCGGGCUUACAGUGCGAUUCUCCCACGUGCCCUCUCAUCCCUCUGCAUCUCUUGUUUUCCUUUUUCCUGGCUCCCUUUUGUUCUCUCUUCACUUCCCCAGCUUGUGUGAUCUCUUGGUACAAUGAACGUACUGCGAGGGAGGAGAGACCAAACUUCUUGUUCUAGAUCUAAUAUUAACCGAUUGUGCCCCAUUCUCUCUGAGCUUCAGUUCUCAAGUUUGCCGAAUAAGACUGUAGGACUUGCCAAGGACCUAAAACAAACAAAAAAAAUCCCGGGGUUUCCAGCUUUAUGCCUUGCUGACAUUUGCCUCGGCCCUCAGAUACCACCCCUUUAAUGAAUAAAGUGAAGCUAGUGAAUAAACUCCAAAAUGCCAUU